GCAAAGCAAAAAUGGGCUCCAAAAACAAGCCGAAGAACAAAAAGAUUAUCAGACGCUCCGUACACUCGGAUCCUGAGUUCCUGAGUGUUUCGAGGAAGAAAUCUAAGCAGAAGAUUCAAUCUCCAUUCAAACCCCAACAUGGAGUUUGAGUUUUCCUUGGGUCCCUACUACGAAACAAGCAGGCCAAAAAAGAAGCUCAAAACUUCUAACUAUUCUCUCCGUCAUUACGAAAAGAAUGAUGAAGAAGAAGAAGAGGAGAAGGGAGAGAAAGGUCCAGGGAGUGACAGUGGAAGGGAACAGGAGGAAACCUGUGACGUGGCGAGAAAGUGGAGGUCGGAGGAUGAUUAUAAUGACAGGGAUGAGAGUAGUAGUUGUGAUGAAGUCCGAGUGAGGGACUUUGGUGAGGUGACUAGUAUGAGUUGUCAUGAAUGUUAUGAAGAAGUUCACAGAAAGAAUUUUCAUGAGGACUGUGAAGGGAGUGAACAGGAGCCCAAGAAUAUUAUACCCGAAAGUAUUAAGAAAACGAGCAGGCUUGCUCUUCUUGAUAUGGAUUUGACGCAAGUGAAGGCAGCUGAUUUGUAUGCGAUACUGAGUUCAUUUCUUCCCAAAGAUGGGAAAAUUCUGCGUGUGACCAUCUAUCCAUCCGAGUGUGGAGUCCGGCAAAUGGAAGAAGAAGAUGAAGUUGAGCAUUUUGUUGGAGUAACUGAGGAUGAAAAUGAUAACAGUGAUCACAUCCACGAGGAUAAAUUACAUGCUGAAGAGAAAAGGAGGCUGAGGCUUUGAAAGAGCGUCCAUUAGAUAUAUUCCUCACUGUAUGGAGUAUAAUUAUCCAGCUCUGGAUGUUGCAAUAGGGAGGAUGAUAAUGAACUAGAUCGUUCAAGGACCUUCGAUCAAGUAGCAGCUGAUAUUUUUGGAGAGGAGCCUUGGGUUGAAGAGAGUACGGAGGGGGGUGAGAGGAAAGGCGAAGAAGAAACAGAAGCAAAUGCGAAAGGGGGCAGAGCUUGAUUUAUUACUGGCCGAUGACAGUGGGAUGGAGAAUGGUUAAAAGGGAAGUAAUUUGAAACAUGAACAAAGCCAAGGGGAAAUGAAAAAGUGAAUUUCACUACUCUUGAAU